AUGAAUGAUACUUUGAGAUCAGUCUUAGACAAUAAAGACUAGAUUAUCAUUAGUCUACAGCAAUAGAUUCAUAAGUUUAAAAGGAAUAUUGAUUUAACUAAGCAAAUGCGACAACAAAAUGAAAAGGAUACAGAGAACAAGGAACGGGAGAAUCAAAGUAUAAGGAAAAAAAUAGAUUAAAUAAGAAGUUUAGCAGACUCUAAAAAGUAGGAUCCCGUAAAGCAGCAUAAAAUCUAGCUGCUCAAAGGUUAAGUUGAAAUAAAAAGUUCAGAUGUAAGUUAAAUUAGGACUCAAGUAGAUUCUAUGAGAGAUAGACUAGGCAAAGUAAAAGAGUAGAACAUUAAACUGGAGAAUAUAAAGCAAGGUUAUUAGAAUAGAAUUGAGAAGCAUACGCUUGACUAAGAAGAUUAAGAUUACCUUGAGAAUAAGCUACAUUAGAGUUCACUAUAGAUUAAAAGUUUGCGGGAAUAGUAGGAUUAAUUACUUAAAAAGAUGUAGAAAAGGUAAAGCAAUGGUCAAGUAUCGUAAGAUGCUGAAGGAGUUAGCAGUGUCAUAUAAAAUGUAAAAAGGCUCAAUGAAUGUGAAAGAUCAUCUGUAGAAAUCAGUAGAACGAUGAAAUCAUAAAAUCAAAAGAUUGGGGAAUUACUUGAAAAAUCAUAUAAUUUGCUUGCUUAAAACAAAGGAUUACAAGAUAAAAUGAUAUACACAAUUGGCUUACAAAGAGGAGGCUCAAGAGGUAGCAUUGGAUUUCUUAUUAGAUACUUCUUAAAUGAUCUGAAGAUCUAGAGAUAUAUCCAGGAACUAUUAGGUAUCUAGUCCCAUCAUACAGAUAAAGUUAGAAGCUUUUAUGAUUAGAAAGAACGAUUAGCUAAAAAGAGUUUCGACAACAUAAAUGAGAAUGAUAUCGAGGAAUCUAUGCAAGUUAAUUCUGACACAGAAUCUCAUAUUAUGAAGACUAAGAAUGGAAUAAACGAAUACUAGCUUUAACUACUAAAGACUUAAAGUCAUGUUGAAAAUCUAGUAGACAAGCUCAAUCUAAAACUAUAGAAAGAGAUUUAUGAAAGACUAAGAUUAGUUGAGCAAGACAAUAAUUAAGGCAGCAGAAAGUUGGAUAUCAUUAAUGAUAGCCUACUUAAGUUCAAUAGAGAAUUAAACAGGCUCAUUAAUAUCAGCAGACUUUAAUACAGAAGAGAGGAUUUCUAGGAUAUGCUAAAAACGGUUGAGAAGUUUAAUAAUGAAUGCCUUGAGAUUCAAGCUAACCUCUAUAUCAAUAGACUAGUCAUCGAUAAAUCUAAAAACUAAAUUCAAGAUGUCGGGGGCAAAGAUAUUAAUAAAUUUGAGAAAAUACUGAAGCUUAUAUCUGGAUACCAAAAAUCUUUGCUUUUAGAUGAGUUCAGAAUCUAUGAGCUAGAAAGAAAUGUCAAGGAUUAGUAGAUUAAAUUUAACGAACUUGUCGGCAAUAUAAGUGAGGAGACUCAUUAAAACUUACUAAAUUAAAUAAAUGAGAAGUAAAAAUAAGCUUAAGAACUUUAACAAAGAGACAGAGAGCUAUUUAAUGUAAUUGAGGGGAGAAAGAGUGAUCUCAGUAGCAUUAGAAAUCAAAUUAAUGACAAUGAUUACGAGCUUCAGAAUAUUUUGGUAAGUCAAUCCUAGAUUUCAUUUUUAUAGCAAAAUAACUAAUUAAGUCUCCUAGAUAUUGGAGAAGGAGAGGAAAUGGCUUAAAUAUCAUAAAGACAAAUAUCUUAAAAGACUGACAGGAUCAAGCUUUAAUUCAGCAGAAUGAGCGGAGUUAACUUAAAUACCUUUGAAUAUGCUAGUGAUUUACUAGAACAGCUUGAUCACAUAGACACUUAUAUAGCUGGAACAGAGCAGAAGAUUUUUGAAGGGUUUUAGAAAGCCUAAAACUUGGACUAAAACUUAAAAGAGAUGGAGAGGAAACUUAGAAAUCAAAGAAUGAAUGAAUGUGAAAGCCAACUAAAAAUUGCAAAUGACUAUAUUGAGAGACUGAAGAAAAUAUUAGAUAAGAAUUCUACUACAGUUUCAGUUAUCUUAAGGGAUUAGAACUUACUGCUUACAAGUGAUAUUGUGAAUGAUCUUGAAAAGAAAAAGGAGAUUUCAAUAUUUGGAAUGGAUCUUGAGAAGAAGGAAAAACUCAUAAAGUAACAAUUUGAGUAGAUAGAAACACUGAGAACAUAAUAUGAGUAACUUGAAAGAGAUUUCUAAUAAAAGAUGAGAGAAAAGGGCAGCUCAAACUCAAUUAAUGAACAAGGAGUCAGAAAUAAUGAUGGGAGAGAGUAUCAAAAUAUUAAGAAAGAAGCUGAUAAAAUUGUAGAAGAGGUUAAAAAGCUCAUAACAGUGGCUGAUGGAGAAAUUAGUGAUGAUAUCAGUCAUUGUAAAGAAGUUAAUAUCAAGAUGAUCAAUAAAUAUCGUAUUAAAAGAGAGAGGUACCUACAGUGUAUCGAGUUAAGAUCUCAAAAAUAAGAUGACUUCAAGGAGCUUAAAAAGAAAAUUUAAGCAAUUUAAUUAAGGCAAUCUUAAUUAGAAUAGCAAAUACAAUAAUUAGGGGUUUCAAGAUCUAAUCCCUUUGCUGAGAACAUUCUCAAAUAUAUGCAGCUUAUUGACAGAGGUAAAGAAAUCCUCCUACAGUUAGAUAAGAAAAUUGACUAUGGAGUGUAAAUGAUUAGGAAUGAGGCAGGAGAUCUUGAUAAUUUAGACUAAAGAGUGGUUAAGUCAGUAGUUUUAGAUGAUAUUUACAAAAUUUUGAACGAAAUUAAGACAAAUAGUGAGUCACUCGAUGAUUAGAUUGAUAAAAUUGAACUUUAACUCAAGCAAAUGGAAAAAGAAAUUGAAUCAUUUAUUAUCAAGUCAAGAAGCUCUAGUUUAUUUGACUUAGAGUCGAUAAUGAAGAAACUUGAGUCAAAUCUUGAAAAACUGGCAUUGAAAGUAUAAUCUACAGAGAAAGGAUGUAAAGAUUUCAAAUUUGAUGUUGAAGAAAAUUAGUCUCAUUUCGAUAACAAAGAUUCUCUGCUAAUUUAGGUGGAGAGCUUUAUUUCAUAAGUUGAUCAGAUUGAGAUUAAGAAGGACUCCUUCCAAAGCUAACUUGAUCUUAUGAAAUCAAGAUUUGCACUCUAUGAUAAGAGAAACUUUUCAUUUGAUGACUCAUUCCAGUUAACUAAAGAUGCAGCUAACAUUGAGGAACUGGUUCAAUUUGAAAUCAAGAAACUAGAAGAUAUUCACAAUAAAUUACAGUAACUUUAGUACAAUUUCCAGGAGAAGACUAAAUUUGAAACAGAAAGAUAAAAACUACUAAAGUAAGCGAAGGACUCUCUUAAAAAUAACUAAGAGCUAUUAUCAUUGUUGAAGUAGCUUCUUAUACAUGAUUAAGAAAAAGUAGAAGAUUUUGAAGUUAUUUAUAAAUCCAUGAUCAACAGCGAGGACUAUCAGGUAAAGAGACCUAUAGUUGAAAAGAAAUAAAGAAGGAUAGCUUAACUUAGGUCAGAUUGUCUAAGAGUACAAGAGGACAGAGACUAUUUGAUUAAAAGACUUGAAAAUGAAAAUGCCUUUAAUGAGAAGUACAUUAAUGGAUGCAAAGAUUUUGAUGAACUGAAAAGAAUCAUAUAAGACAAUGAAAAAUGCAACACUACACUUAUGAAUGAUGUCAAAGACCUAAAUGAUAUGAAAAAGAGCUUGGAUAAAAAGAGAAAAAAGUUAGCUGAUGCUGAGAUUAGACAGCUAUCUAAUAAGAGAAGGUCAGAGAUAGAAAUUAUUAAUCAGACACUUUAGUAGUAAAUCUUGAAGUUACACUCAUUUGAACAGAGCGUUUUAGAUCGUGAGAGAGAUCUUGACUCAUCAUUCUCACCAGAAAAAUAAAGUACUCUGAAUAGAACUAUUGAAUGGAUGAAAUAAACUUUAUCAGAAUUCAAAAGAUCAUACGAUGGAGUUGAAGAUACUCUAAGGAAUAUUAAUGCUGAAAUCUCAACUAAAGAUCUUGAAUAAAAUGAACCAUUAAGUAACUUGGCAAGAGAAAUAGACAGACUUAAGAAAGUAACUGUUGAUGUGAAAAUUUUGAACAUUGAAAUAGAAAAAAUUCAGAUUGAAAUCUUAGCAAAAAGCACUAUGUUGAGUAGUAUGGAUACUGAAAAAAGGCUUAAGAGUCUUUUGAAAUAGGUUAGUCACGCUUAGGAUAAUUGUGACUAGUCAAAAGAGGCAUUAAUGAAGAUUUAAGAAAUCUCAAAGUCAUAUGAUGGCUAUACAUCAGGGGCUGAGGAUGAAGAGUUCUUUGUAGUAUUGCAUUCUGAAUCUAGAGAUUAACUAUCAGAAUUCAAUCUGUAGACAAAGACAUUUUAAGAUUUAGCAUCUGAAGUAAAUAAGCUAAUUAGAUCAGUAGAAUAGAGAAAGCUUGAAUGCGGUGGAAACCUUUAAAAUUCAGAUGUUGAAGAGAUCAAUGAGAAGAUAGCCAGAAUCGAGGCAAAAAUAAAUAAACUAAUCAAAGAGAGGUAGGAGAUUGAGGAAAAUGCUUUUGAUAACAGGGACAAAUUGGCUUGGCAUGAUGUAGACUAAAAGCUAAGCAGGAGAAAACAAGAAGCUGAGGAACUUUCAAGAAUAAUAAAUGAGAUUAAUACUGAUAACUAAGAUCUGAGAAACAAAAUUAUAGAUGAAAUUAAUUCAUGCCAAUUAGAUGACAAAUACAACAAAUACCUCUAAAAAUUGGAAGAGUAAAUUGUUAAUACAGAGACUAUUGAAGAGAAAGCAUCAGAGAUUAACAAGAGAAAGAUAGAUCUUGACUUUGAUAUUGAUCAGGCGAUGUAAGAUCUUGGUAAUAACUAGAAGGAUAUCAAUUAAAGAUUGGAAUCACUAGAAACUAAUCUAAUUCUGAAAAAGAGAAUCUAAGAUACUCUCAGAUCAAUAUCUCAGCUUCAUACAUUGGUAAAGCAAGUAUAUAAUGCAGCAAAUGAGACAUUCAAAAAGAAGCCAAAAGAAUAGCCAUUUAAGCCUCCUUCUAAUGCAGAUGAAAUAGACUUAAUGCUUGCUGAGAUGCUCUAAAAAUUAGGAAUUAAUGUAUCAAUCAAGAAACUUGGAGGAGGUUACUACAUGUUUGGAAGUAAGAAAAUCUUUUGUAAGAUCAUUAAUGGAAAGCUUGUGGUCAGAGUAGGAGGUGGAUAUAUGGGAAUAGAAGACUUCAUUUUGUAAUAUGGAUAGUAGGAAGCAGACAAACUCUAAAACAAUGCAAAUAUUGAAGCCAAAUUAAUUGAAAGCUAAUAAUAAUCAAUGGGAAAUAGAGUGGGAAGCUCAAUAGCUUUAAAGAUACCUAGUUCUAAGGUCUCCACAAAUGUCAUUGGAUCUCCAGCAUCAUACAAGGAGCGUCAUGAAGAAACCUUUGGUCAUGUUAAUCAUUCGUCUGUCCCUCAUUCUCAGAUGAAUAAAAAUAAUUCAAAAACACAGUUUUAAACCAACUAGGGUUUCUCUUCUCUAGUAACAGCCAAGAAAGUUUUCAAUAACUUAUCAAAAAGAAAGGAAUGA